GCCCUAGGGGUAAUUAGUGUCCUUGGAGUUAAAUAAGCUAAUACUUAGACACCUCUGGCACAAGCAAUUAUGUUUGUGUAUUGAAUAAUUGAUUCAAAGAGGGGGGAAGGGCUGCUAAUCAGAUCUGAGCAUAAUGAAUUGAUUUAAUUAACAGGGGAAUCCGAGGGUCUCUGGGAACUGCGCGCAUUUAUUCAGUAGCAGGAGCGAGCGCAGCACAUAAAUUGGGAGAGAAAGGCAGUGUGAGUAUGCUUUUAGCAGUUGUCAGGUCCGGAAUUGGAUUUCUUGAAUAUAGUUACAGUUUCGGAGCAAAUGAGAACGGAGAAAGAGAAUCUUACAUCGUGGAGAGCACUGUCGCCCAGUAUUUGAUCCGUCCGUGUGUACAGUUACAGAUUUAGAUUUGACACAUUUUCAUUCUUUCUUUUUCGCAUGGAAUUUAUGAAGACCAACCAACACUGUUUACGGGUGUUAAUUGCAGUUCAGUUCCAGCACAGUCUGCCGAGGUCAAUUUAGUGUCUAGCUAGAGAAAAGUGAGCGCGGACACCUCUAUUUCUCCGAUAGAAUCGCUAGAAUAACAUUCACUGUAACAUUAAUCUUUCGAGGGUUUACGUUAGUAAGGAGGUAUAGUUUUUGUCAAGCUAUUGCUCAAACCAAGCUUGGGCUACGAAAGGACGAUUCCGUUGCUGUUUUCAGCCAGUUCCAGCCUUGCGUACACCGAACGGUGAAGACUGCUGGAGCCGAGAACGGAUCGCCCGGAGCCGGACUCCUCGUUCCUCAGGACGAUGGUGUUGGACAAGGAAGAGGGUGUGCCCAUGCUCUCCGUCCAGCCCAAAGGGAAACAGAAGGGGUGUGCCGGCUGCAAUCGCAAGAUUAAAGACCGCUACCUGCUCAAGGCCCUGGACAAAUACUGGCACGAGGACUGUCUCAAAUGUGCCUGCUGCGACUGUCGCCUGGGAGAGGUGGGCUCCACCUUGUACACGAAAGCCAACCUCAUCCUCUGUCGCAGGGACUACCUGAGGCUCUUCGGUACUACAGGGAACUGCGCUGCCUGCAGUAAACUGAUCCCAGCCUUUGAAAUGGUGAUGAGAGCCAGAGAUAAUGUUUACCAUUUGGACUGUUUUGCCUGUCAGCUUUGUAACCAGAGGUUUUGCGUGGGGGACAAGUUUUUCCUAAAGAACAACAUGAUUCUGUGUCAGAUGGACUAUGAGGAGGGCCAGCUGAACGGGAGCUUUGAGACGCAGGUUCAAUAGCUGGGCUCUGGUGGCAGCAAGCCUCAGCCCUGCACUUACACACGCGAUGGAUGUUCGGCUGCACUUGGAUAGAGAGGAGCGUCUGUCUGCUUGCCUGCAAUACUUUUUAAAAACCCCCUUUAUCAGUCCCUAAGGACUCUAUUGUAAAUGUACUACUUUUUGCCCCCCCACCCCCACCCCAACACUGAGCAGUUACAAGUUUUGAUGUACAGUUGUGCCUGCUUAGCUGAGCACUGUAUUGCUUGUAUGUUUUUGUGAUGUUUGUUUUGGGUUUGUUUUUAAUUUCUUUUCCCCUUUCGGGAAUGGUUCCUUGGAGGGUCUGUACAGUCUGUUUUCUCUGUAUAUAUAAACUGGAACAUUUAUUUUAUGAAAUGUAAUGCAAUUUUAUUACUAGUGUGAAUUAAAGAUUCCUAAAUGUUCAUAGUGAGUUUUUUGUUUGUUCUUAAACCAAAACCAAAGUUGUUUGAGAAGGCUGGCCCAUGUGUUGAUAUGUAAUUAUCAUCUCCCCAAACCGCAACGCUGUAAAAAAAAGAAG